CCGCCCCCGUUUUGUUGUUUGGCUAAAGAUGGCGUUAGCGGCUAAUACAGGCGACCGCAUUCUGUUCUACAAAUUUUACUCGGCCAGUGGUAUCAAAACACUGUUCAAUUAGAGGUUUAAUUCGUCGGCUGAUGUGCAAAAAAUAUGGUACAUAGAGAAAAUACACGUCCAUGACAUAGAAUAGCGACUGGCUGGCCUUCUAACGAUGUAGGCCUGUUCUUAAAGGAGUGGACCGAGGCUGCUGGAACUCCAUCUCCCAACAGCAUCCGCGGCGUCAGGUGGUACGUCUUUAUUUUCUCCUGCUGGAGAAACUAUGGCUGCGUCACCAGAGUCCUCUUUGUCGUGGUGCCUGGUUCACAUUUCCAAACCUGGAUCUGGUGCAGAGCACCAUAGGACUGGCGCGGCAGACCCAGGCAGAGGCAGAGAAGUGGACAAGAGGUCCAGAGCGUCUCAGUGGAGAGCACUGGUUGCUAUACGCACACAGCAUAUCAAGGGUGGCAAGGCUGGCAUCGCCAGGUUCAGGACUCAAGGUGGUCUGCAGCCCAUGCUAGACCUAGUCAAACAGCCAGAGUGCCCCAGGAAAACACUGGACCUGGCUCUGAGUAUCCUGGCAAACUGCUGCACUGAGCCAGAGACACGCAUUGAGGUUCGUAAACUUGAUGGAAUAAAUACUGUAGUGGGGAUCCUAAACAGAAAUGUGGCCAUGGAGACGGUCCAGAACCGAGCAGCUCGAGCUUUGGGGAACUUGGCCAUGGAUCCAGAGAGCUCUGCACUCAUCCACUCUGCUGGUGGCAUUCCUCUUCUACUCCUCUGUGUCUCCCUUUCCUCCACCCCAUCCUCUCCAACUGCCAUUCUACCAAAGGACCCUUGUCCUAAACUAGAGUGUGCUCAGUCGGCUGCUCGGGCCCUCCUCUACCUCUCAGAUACUCCCACUAACCGCCUCUCCUUGCUCACCCAAGGGACCUUAUCUGCCCUUGCUCCUCUCAUUGCUCCUGAAUAUCCUCAAGGGCUGAGGCGGACGUCACUCAGGACGAUACAUGAGCUGACUCGGGGCUGUGGUGCCGAAUGUGCCAGGGAGGUGUCCCGAUCUGGGGUCCUUAGCCAACUUGGUGUCAUGGCAUCAGGGGAGUCUGGUAAACCGUUUGAGGACUUGGCACUGAAAACUCUGGCCAACAUGUGCUCUCAAGGCUGUUUGCGUCCUCUGGUAGGGUCACUAGGCGUCAUUCAGAAGUUCAUAGAGGAAGUCAAAAAGGACCUGCUGAAGUCAGGGAUCUUCCUCAAGGCUCUGUGUUUGUGCUGCAAGGAGGCGGUUAACAGAGCAAAGGUGAAGGAGAGUGGUGGACUGGAGGUGCUGACUAGCUUUUUGUCCACCCAUCGGAGUCAUCCACUUUCCAGGCUGGUCAUUCUGGCUUGUGUAGACUUUGUUUUUGAUGAAUCUGCUAUGGAGCAAUUGCUAGAGUUAGGGCUGGUCCCGCUGCUUGUUGCACGACUGGUUGAGCUCACCAAAGGAGAGGAGCAAUUUGCUGAGAAGAUGGAUGUGAGCUUCACAUCAAGCAUGUCUCCCGCUGAGCUCCUGCCUUCGUCAUGCUUUGAGUCUUAUGACUUUCCUCCUCCUGAGUGUCACAAGAAGGAGGAAGCUAGCAGGGAGCAAGGUCUCUGUUCGUCAAGCUUUCAAAGCUUUAGGUCAUGGUUGGUGUCUGAGGGACUAAUCUCUUCUGAGGGAGAUCUGCCAGAUUCCUCUGGUGUUGACGGUGAAUGGGGGAGUCUUCAUAUACCACUGUAUUCAUCCCUAAAUCCUCAUUCCAUUUCUCCCAAAAACUCUUCUUCCCACAACUCCACUCCUUCCUCUUCUAAAAAGGCAGCACUGCCCUCCCCUGUGUCAUCCCUGGAUAAAGUCAAUGAUCUGCCUACAUCUAGUCCCCAGGCCUCCAGUUCUCAAAACCAUCCCAGCUCCUCUGUUAUCUCCUCUCCCACUAAAACACCUGAAACACCCGUGUCUCCAUCAAAGUUCUCAUCCCUUUACCGAAGGAGGCAGCGAACUCAAUCAUCACCUUCGUUGACCAAGGUCACUUUGGAGACCCCUCCCUCUAUGCCCCGCCCAACGACAUACCACCACCCCUACCACCCUGAACCGUGGACGACUGAGUCGCCUAUCCUGCUGCUGCUGUCGCGCUUCUCCCACACCUCUGAUCCAAGUACUGCUCUGGUCAGCUCUGGCGUCAUGUCCGGCUUGCUCUACUACCUCACCCAGCACCAGGACCCUAGCAGCAGGUGCUUCCGUAUGCUUUGCCGACUGAGCUGCAACCCAAAUUGUUUGCAGGCGCUGGUCCGAACAGGCUCGGUGGCAUUGAUUCACCACCAACUCUGCCAGAGAGGGGGGGGUUUUAAAGGAGAAGAGAGGCAGAUGGAUGGAGUCAAAGCCAAAGUUAAACAACUAGGUGUUGCUCUUCUCAAUAAUCUGCGUGUUCAGUGUGAGUCUGGAUUUGGCUCUGGUGUUCUAGCACAUGUAAUGAUGUCGGGCUCAGAGUCAGACAAAAUUAACUGUGCUCUAUCGCUGCCGUUAAUCAGCAGCAACCGGUCCCUGCUAAAGAAACUUCUUCUGGACAGCAGUGGGCUACUUUUGGCUCUGCAGCCCCUUGGCUGCGAUGGAUACGAUGUUGAUGACACGGAUGAAGACAACCCUGCCGGAUGUGGAAGGCUGCUUUCUGACUUGUUGAAUUCACCACAUGUAGGUCAGGCCACUCAGGUCCACUCGCUGUACUUUUCUCUCCUGAUUGGAUGUCUGUCCAUGCUGACAAGUAGUAUUAAAACUGAGCAUCCCAAAAAAUAUCCAAGUGCAGCUGUAACAGAGUCAAUCAGUAAAAUCGGCAGAGUUUCACCCCCUCCAUCUAAAAAGCCUCGGCUCGCUGACAAAUGUCCUUACGGUCUCUCAAACUUUGACCUGGUCUUGCUGCUGGAUGAUGGAACUCAGGUUCCAGCCAACAGGGAGGCAGUGGCUGGGGUGGAGGGAACAGACAGAGCUGGUUCUGAGUACUUUAGGGCUCUGUUGAGAGGUGGAUUUGGAGAAGCUCAGGGUAAGGCAGAAGAUGCCAUCCACAUCAAAGAUGUAAGCACAGGUAUGUUACUGCCAGUGCUGCAUUACCUACACGGAUGUCGGCUCACCAAGGGCGCAGAAGCAGCACAGGAAAGUGAUCAGGGAGCGAUGGGAGGACAUUGUCAGAUUUUGGACUCAUUGGUCGUCGAGGGGCUGAGUAUCUGCCUAAAGGAAACAACAGAGAGCUCAGCAAAAGACUUUGCUUUCCAGAAAACACCUGUAGGUGAGAUAAUGAUUGGAGCAUGCCGGUUUUUAGUGACUGAACUGAAGAGAGAGUUGGAAGAUCUCUGUGUGUCUCUUGUUCUGUCCUCCUCCACCACCACUGCUGCCAGUAGAGCAAAGUCGACUCCCACAGAGGAGAUUGAUGACAAGGCUGCAUCUAAAAUGGACCAAGCAUGUCAUGAGUCCGCUGAGGAGAACCUGGCUCACCGGACAUCAGAGCUAGAGCUGACUGGUUUCAAUAUGCAAAUAGAAAAGUUGCCAGAACAAAUUAGGAAAAAAAACAGUUCACCACAGAAAACGCACAAUAAGAAAGCUCCUUCCAUCAGAACGGUCAAAAAAGGCAGCUGUUUGGACCCGAUGCCAGGCAAACAUGUCACUUCAGAAGAGUCAAAAUUAAAACCAGAGAACUUGAUUAAAGGUUCAGCACAGCUUCUGAAAUCAGCAGCUCAGGACCUAAUUUCUUGCUCAGAAGGAGAUGCACCAGGUGGAGCUCUGGCUGCUCUCCUCCCACAGGUGUACUGGUUUUCUCAGCGCUAUAGCUAUCCAACACUGGGUCGGACCUGCCUGUGUCUCCUGCUGGGUUGUCAGCACUGCCCUCGCCCUGUUUCGCCCUCUCUUGCUGGGGAUUGCUUUCGCAGACUCGUCAGAGAGGCCGACUGCGUUGAGGCUCUGAAACAGGAUCUGCUACAUCUGGUCACGUCAGCCCUCGGUUAAAUCUGCAGGAUCCAGGAUCAUAUACAUUUUACAUUUUUGAGUUUCAUCCACAUGCGCUUCAUUGUACUUUUUGUCUGCCUCUCAGAAUGUUUUGGUUUCCUAGCAAUGUAGAAAGAUGUUGCCAGUGCUGGAUUAGCAGUCAUUCCACCGUAGGGACCUGUAUGCAGAGUCAGUGUAGUCGAACAGCCAGUUGGAGCACCUGCUCCCUCUUUAAACUGCUGUGAUUGGUUCAAAUCUGCCUUGACACUUCAUAUUCAGGCUCAAUCCUCUACCUCUGUUUUGCAUGUUGACAUGUAGGAGCUUAGCGUGUCCUAAUUUGUGUUGAGGUAGAGGGGUAGGAUGAAGUGUGAGGAUUAACUAAGUGUGCCCCCUUAAAUUAAGAUUUUUCGUUGGCACACUUAAAACAGAAGGCAAUGAGAUGUUUCCCUGAUUAACUAAAUCCAAAGAAAAUUUGAUGUUGCCCCUAGUGUCGUUGAGUAUAUUGUGUAGCUAUACUAACCACAACAAAACUUGUUUGCAGUCUCUUUUCUAACCUUUUAACAGAUUCAGUAGUUUUCGCGGGUGUUGAUGAGGUUAUGUGACAUUUCGCUGCUUUGCUGCGUAAUCAUGCCUUUUGUUGACAUUAAUUAUAUAUACAGCUUUCUUUCUUUCUUUUUUUAUGUUUGGGUGGCACGGGGAGUCCUGUCUUCUUACGUGAUGACACGUCACAAUCUUGAAGGAGGUUUCCCCAUUUAAUAGGGCUAGAUUUGAACCAAUACCCCUUGCAACCCGGCAGCAAGGGGUGAGUGUAAAAAUGAGUAAUGGGAUUGGGCCUCAGUUGUAAACAGAGCCCAGAUGAGCUAAUUAUUCUGUUGAUUAUGCUGAAUUAUGGGAUUAUUGAUCAAAUAUGCCAUAGAAAUCCUGCCUGCUCUUCCAUUAAGAUGGGAACAUAAUUUAAUCAAAUAACACAUUGGUCAGAGUGUAGGUCAUAAUCACAGUUCUGUCUUGUAAAAUAACAAUCUGUAUGGAUUUCUUCACUUCUAACACAACUGACCGCCAAUUUAUUUUCAUAAUGUUAAAGCGUACAUUUCUAUUGAGCUUUAUUGUAAAUCGAUAUGAACUGUAGGCGUCCCAGCAUGACAUUAUUUUGUUAAAAUUUACUGUUGUUGGAUUUGAUGACAAUUGUUUUAUUAUUAUUUUUGAUAUAUUUCUUUUUAUUUUGGAAAAGAAAGUCUUAAGCACAUACCUAUCAUUGCAUCGUGUCAUUUAGCUAAAAGUGCUGGAAUUAUAUCAGAGUUGAUCUUGAAGCCAGUUAUUUAUUUUGUACUUAGAGAUCAUGUAAAAUAGCAGAUAUGCAGUGUAAAGGUCUCACUUGCCCAUUAUAAACUUAUGCCACUGAAUUAUAUUGUUGGAAGGUCA